AUGGGCAUUCAGGGACUCGCUAGACGUCUGGAGCCAUACGCCACGCGCUUUUCCUCCGACCAGCUCGACGGCUAUUCGGCCGUGGUCGAUGGGCCCGCACUCGCCUAUCAUGCUCACAAACUGGCUCUCGCAACUUCGGUUAGCGCCUCGCGAAUGCCCUCUUAUUCAGACAUCGUCUCCCAGGCUCUUUGCUGGUUAACUGCUCUGGAAGCCAACAACAUCAAGGUGGUCGCCAUCUUCUUCGACGGAGCGCUGCCUCCAUCAAAGCGGACUGAGAGGCUGUCAAGGACCGAACAAAACAAUAGGCGUGUGCAGCAGCUCCGUGCAAAUUAUUCAACGACUGCAUGCCCAGUACCCACGUACCUAGGUUCGAUAUCUUAUGCCUUCCUUGCUCCAGCGUUGCAAGAAGCGUUACAAAAUUCACCCUUUGCCUCGAGGACGCACAUCGUACCUGGAGAAGCAGACGACUGGUGUGCAUUACAUGCUAAAGAGAAUGCCAAAUCCAUCAUCUUCACCAGCGAUACAGAUCUCAUCCUUUACGAUUAUUGCAUAGACACGCUGAUAGUAUUUCUACAUGAUGCUGACGUAUCUACUGGCAUCAAAGCAUAUUGGCCCGAUGAGAUCCAAAAGAAGCUGCAGUUGAAAAGCCUGUUACCGUUUGCCUUUGCUCUUCUGCAAGGCCCUCAGGAUACCGCCAAUGAUCUGGUCCGCAAUGCCAAGAGCGUGGAUAAAGGCUCUAUACCAUACCUAGACUUUACCAAAAGGUAUAUCGCCGAAGUUGUUCCCCCGCUAUACAAAUCCGACUCAAACCGCACCUUUUCCAGUCUGCCUGAUCUGGACGUUCGGGUGUCAGAGUUCGUGCACCAAGCUCUGGAACAUUCUGAUAGCCCAUUUGUUUACAUGCCUCUACUGAUGGAAGACCCAAGCCAAGCAUCUGCAUGGAAUAUGGGCUGCGAUGUCCGCGCAAUGGCUUACUCGUUACUAGCAUCGGAAAGAAUGGUUGUCCACGAAUAUAGGCGAAAAGCGCAGGUCGUCACUGUACAAGAAGUUGUUACAUAUCCUCUAAAAGAUCUGCCAACACCAAUCACAGACCUCGAGCGACAGAUUCGCACCCUGAUGGACUGGGCUACUUUUAGAAAGCUUCAACCCAUGCUACUUUGGCCACUUUUUGCGCUCAGCCUGGUACUCGCUGAGUUGAACAGCGCCCCUGCAAUUCCUCUGGUACUUCGGGUGAUCAACGGCGACUUUGACAAUACCUGGUCUUUCGUACAGUUGAUGGCUCGCCUACAGUCUGCAUUAUACUCACUGCGCAUGUUCAGUCAAAUCGUGAGAGUAUGGCUUGUAGUCAAACCAAAGGCAGAUCAAAGGUUACGUGAUUCCCUACUAAGCUUGGAUGAACGUAUGCGUACUCUUCCGUCGAUACCUGAAGGAUUUGGAGUACCGGGACAGACCAAGCGCGUAUUAGCAAACCACGACGAGUUGCGGGGUUUGGUUGAAGAGAUCUAUGUCUCUGCUGGCGUUGAGGUACCCACUGAGAACGUUUCGAACAAGAAGAAGAAGCGCCAGUUGAGAGAAGCGGAUAGAAAAAAGAGGAAGGCUGAGCAGAGACAACAAUCUAAACAAGAGAUCACCAAUGCAUAUGCUGCGCUAAGUAGUGAUCAGAGCUAG